CUUCACACCGUCCACCCGUCGCCUUCACCGUCUCAGCUCUCACACAUACCCGAGCUUCUUAUGCUUGCCAUGAUCCCCGUGGCCUAACUCAUCCUUCCCUCCCUCCUUAAUUGAACCCACGGAGGUCUCACUUUGCCGACCAUGGCGCCCGCAGCCACCACCACAAGCACCGACUGGUCGGUCGAUUACAAUAACAAGAGACGACAGGAGCUCUUCCGCAGCCCGCCAAAAGACAAAACCGCAUAUCCCACGCUAGCCGCAGCUGUAGACCCCCAUAUCAAUUCCUUCAAUUCCAUAUUCGCCGAGGGCGGCCAGCUAGAGCAGGGUAUCAAAGACAUCGGCACCAAGAUCUUCCUCGAUGGUGACCUCAACGUCCAGCCUGAAGAUGCUGGGGAGAGGAACCGAUUUUACGUGCGCAUACAGAAAGUCUUCCUCGACCAGUCCACACUUCCUCCCUCCAACAAGUUUGCAAUCAAAGAUCAUCGUCUCGUCCUCCCUGCCGAAUGCAGAGAGCGCCAUAGCACAUAUCGCGGAAAGCUCACCGCGCGGAUAGAAUGGAAAGUCAACAAUGGCGACUGGCAAGAAGAGGUCCGCGAGCUCGGUUAUGUGCCCAUCAUGCUCAGGUCAAACCGGUGCCACUUGCAGGGCAUGUCACCCGCACAGCUCGUCGAGGCUAAGGAGGAGUCAGAAGAGCUCGGUGGAUACUUCAUCGUGAACGGCAUUGAGAAACUCAUCCGUAUGCUGCAAGUCAACCGUCGCAAUUACCCGAUGGCCAUCAAGCGAGGUGCAUUCACAAAUCGUGGGCCGGGUUACACCCCCUAUGGUAUUGUGAUGCGCUGCGUCCGUCCCGACCAAACCUCGCAGACCAAUGCACUGCAUUAUUUGAACGACGGAAACGUCAAUCUUAGAUUCUCGUGGAGGAAAGCUGAAUACCUGGUGCCUGUCAUGAUGAUACUCAAAGCACUAGUGGAGACGAAUGACCGGGAGAUCUUUGAGGGUAUCAUUGGCGCCGCAGGGUCGGAGGGUCUCACCGAGAGGCAAUUCGUUACCGAUCGCCUGGAACUACUCCUCCGCACUUACAAAGUCUACGGGUUGCACUCCAAGGCGAAGACUCGAGCCUAUCUUGGAAGGAAGUUCAAAAUCAUCCUCCAGAUACCCCAGGAUGUCACCGAUGAGGAGGCGGGCACCGAGUUCCUUCGCAGGAUUGUAUUACCACAUCUUGGCUCAACCCACGUCACCGAAAGUCAGAACGCAGACAAGUUCAGGAUGCUGCUUUUCAUGAUCCGCAAGCUCUACGCACUCGUCGAGGGCGAGUGCGCGGUGGACAAUCCUGAUGCCGUCUCCAACCAGGAAGUGUUGCUUGGCGGUCAUUUGUUCGGAAUGAUCCUCAAGGAGAAAUUGGAUGAGUGGUUGAACUCACUAUCGUUUCCUCUGAGAGAUUGGCUGCGAAAGACUGGAUCUUCUUUCACAUCCCAGCAAUUCCAUUCGGACUUGCGCUCCCAGAUUUUCAAGCGGACAAAUGAGAACAUAGGACAGGCUAUGGAUUAUUUCAUGUCCACCGGAAAUCUUGUCAGUCCCACCGGCUUGGAUCUCCAGCAGGCAUCCGGCUUCACAGUCGUAGCCGAGAAGAUCAACUUUUAUCGUUUCAUCAGUCACUUCAGGAUGGUCCACAGAGGUGCGUUCUUUGCACAGCUGAAGACAACUACUGUGCGAAAGCUGUUACCGGAAAGUUGGGGCUUCCUCUGUCCAGUCCACACUCCCGAUGGUAGUCCUUGUGGCUUGCUUAACCAUCUGGCCCAUAAGUGCAAGAUUGCGACACAAAGCGUCGAUGUGUCAGCUAUUCCAAAGCUUGUCGCACAGCUGGGUGUCUCAAACAAAUCUUCUGCAUCCCUUGAGUUCAGCGUGGUAGUACAGCUUGAUGGCCGUGUCUUGGGCUAUUGUUCGCCGAAACAAGCCAAGGUCAUCGCCGAUACCCUUCGAUACUGGAAGGUUGAGGGUACCCAUAACGUCCCAGUUGAACUAGAGAUUGGAUACAUUCCAAAUUCGACUGGUGGACAAUACCCAGGUGUUUACAUGUUCUCGCAGUCUGCCCGCAUGUAUCGACCCGUCAAAUAUCUACCUCUGGACAAGCUAGACUACGUUGGUCCUUUUGAGCAACCUUUCAUGUCUAUUGCGUGCACAGAUCCCGAGAUCGUGUCAGGCGACUCCACACAUGUCGAGUACGAUCCCACUAACAUUUUGUCCAUCCUCGCCAACAUGACGCCAUUCUCCGAUUUCAACCAGUCACCACGAAAUAUGUAUCAGUGCCAGAUGGGUAAACAAUCCAUGGGAACCCCAGGAACGGCUAUGCGGUAUCGAACAGAUAACAAGACCUACCGGUUACAGACUGGCCAAACGCCUAUUGUACGACCGCCACUACACAAUGAGUAUGGAUUAGACAACUUCCCCAACGGAACCAAUGCCGUGGUGGCUGUCAUAUCGUACACUGGGUACGACAUGGACGACGCUAUGAUAUUGAACAAAUCUGCACACGAACGCGGUUUCGGCCACGGCACCAUCUACAAGACCAAGAUCUGUGACCUUGAAGAGGGUCAGCGGCGCGGAAGGUCGAGUAAGCACGUCACCCGGCUGUUUGGCUUCGCGCCGGGCGGUCUCGUAACGGCAGCCUGGAGAGAGAAAUUGGAUGACGAUGGCUGGCCAAGAGUGGGAACGGAGCUGCGCCAUGGAGACGUUAUUGCAGCGUGGCACAACGUCUCUUACGACCCGUCGACUGGGGAAUAUGUCAACCGCGACGGCCAAACGCAGCUCUUCAAGUACAAGGAGGAUGAAGUUGCUUUCGUGGAGGAGGUCCGCAUCAUCGGUUCCGAGUCUGGCACUGAGCCGUGCCAGAAGAUCAGCGUGAAACUACGGGUGCCUCGUUCCCCCGUGAUUGGCGACAAAUUCUCCUCUCGUCACGGCCAAAAGGGUGUGUGCUCACAGAAAUGGCCCGCCAUCGACAUGCCUUUCUCCGAAUCCGGUAUGCAACCUGAUGUUAUCAUCAAUCCCCACGCUUUCCCCUCUCGAAUGACCAUUGGUAUGUUCGUGGAGUCAAUGGCCGGCAAGUCGGGAGCUCUACACGGCCUCGCACAGGACUCUACGCCAUUCCGCUUCGACGAGCAGAACACUGCCGUCGACCACUUCGGCCAUCAGCUAAUGAAGGCCGGAUACAACUAUUACGGCAACGAACCGAUGUACAGCGGCAUCACCGGGCAAGAGCUCGCGGCCGACAUCUACAUUGGCGUUGUGUACUAUCAACGUCUCCGUCACAUGGUCAACGACAAGUACCAAGUGCGAACCACCGGACCCGUCAACUCACUCACCGGCCAGCCCAUCAAGGGAAGGAAAAAGGGUGGUGGUAUCCGUGUCGGCGAGAUGGAGCGCGACGCCCUCCUCGCCCACGGCACCGCAUUCCUGCUGCAAGACCGCCUCAUGAACUGCUCCGACUACACCAAGGCCGCCGUCUGCCGCGCCUGCGGCAGCUUCCUGUCCACCGCGCCCACCGUCACCGAGUUCACCCGCAAGAAGAAGGGCACCCCCAUCGUGAGGUGCCGACGCUGCGCGAGACUGUCCGCGGGCAGCGAGAGCAAGAGCGAUACUUGGGUCGAUGGCCAGGGCAUCAGGUUCACGGGCGGCGACGAUAUCGCCGUCGUGGCGGUUCCUGGCGUGCUCAAGUACUUGGAUGUUGAGCUGGCUAGCAUGGGUAUCAGGCUUAAGUUCCGCGUCGAGCCAUAGAUGGCUAGGUGUACUCUUGGAAGGGACUUUUGUUGGUGGUUCGAUGAUCAAACGGCAUGACAAUUGGCGUCGCGGGUGUAGGUGUAGCUGAACUUUGGUUUUUUUUACUUAGCGGGCAUCCGGGUAUAUCACGUAGUUCAAAAGUUUUCUCCGCAUAGAAGGAAUUACAUACUGGUUCAGUCAUUUGAUUUGAUUAAUAUAAC